CUGAGCGUGGACUGAUCCUACCACUUCAGUUUACUUGCCUCUUUUUGACUUUGCAGCUAAACUUGAUUGGAACUCAAAGAAAUGGCACUUUAUACCUUCAUCAUGUUUAUUAGCUGGUCUGCAGUGCUGUAUGAAGGAUUUGGAUUGCCUGUGAUAAACCAGUCUGCUGGAAAUGUCCCAAAUGGACAACGCACCAAACGAUGCGCUUGCGUUAACCAGGUGGAUUCUGAAUGUCAUUACUUCUGCCAUCUGGACAUCAUCUGGGUGAACACGCCAAGUAAGACUACUGUAUAUGGGUUGGGGAGUCCACUGGCCCGACGUCGCAGAUCUACACACCGUUGUUUCUGUGCCAAUCCUGCUGACCAAACCUGUAACAUCUUCUGUAUCAACAGCUCAAAGAACACUGGUGUCCUGCUGAGGAGUUUUUCUGAGCCACUGCAGGAAAAAUCGGAGCUUCCUUCAGACCUCCAUGUUGCCUUGGAGAACCCAACCAGUGCUGAUGUAGGAAUAGAGGUCACUAAAGGGUCUAUGAAUAAUGACCCUGUUGAGUUUCUGACAUUGCUCAGGUUAGUCUACAGGAACCUGUUCAGAGCUAAAUCCAUGGCCACAAAGAUGGAUGCUAGUGCCAGGCAAAAAAGCUUGAGAGCCAAUAAACCAGUCUCCAGGUAGAGCUUUUUUGAAGACGGUAGUGAGGAGAAUGAGCACCUGAACAAAACAAACCCUGUGGAAUGUGGGGUAAAAGCACGAAGACGAAGUCAGAUGCAGAAGGCCAGACCAGUAAGAAUGCAAAAGACUAGAAAUAGUAAAGCAGUGGUGGAGACAAUAAGGACAAGCCGUAAGUUAUGAACAGUAUAAAGAUCUAAAUACAAAAGACUGGAUAGGCAAGGAAUAAGGGAGGUCAGUGUGUCUAAAAAGCCUAAAAGAAGCUGAAUAUUGAGGUUGUGCUCAGCUAAUGGUAUGGAAUUUGGUUCCUUAUCUAUUGUCCUGUAAUUUUAAUCUAAAUAUUUUUCCACUGGUUAAGAUUUUCCAGUUAGAAAAAAAAUAUAUAGGAAAUUUUCUAUUACCUGCAAUGCAAUGAGAAGCUGAAGAAGGGAAUACAUGUGCCUACAUUUAUUUAAAACAUCUAAAUCACAACACUAAAUAUGGCCUGGCAAUGUCUUAUAAUGACUUUAUAGCAUAUUUGUUUUUUGAUCAUCCUAUUAAGAACCUGUUUUUUUUUUGUCAACAACUUAUCAGAGAUCUGCGUUUAAAAAAAAAAAAAUCUUUUUUAGCUCUAAUGUACUGUAUAAUGUAGGAUUAUUGAUUGUAGACAGUUAUUCCUUUAUAAAAAUAAGUCAAAACAUACUUAGAUAACGUGUGAUAUAGACUUGGCCAAAUCACCUGAAACUGAGCUGUGAAACUAGAUAAGAGAAUGAGCAACACUUCCUGCAUAAAAAAGUCACUGUUUGAGAAAGGUCAAAAUAUAGGCUUGCAUUUAAAAAAUCAAUAAAUCUGGAAACACAGGGAAUCAUUUUCAAACAUUAACUACAUAUAUACUGUAUGUGAUUAUUUUUUUAAAAAUAUUUAUUUAUUUAUUUAUUUACUUACUUAUUUAUUUUCUUUUGGCUGGGCAGUACAACAUUCUCAUGCAAGAGCGUUGUAAUGUGUGUAUAUUUAGUAACAUACAGGUGAGACCAUAUUAGCUUUUUUCAUCAGCUGAAACAAAGUACAUAUAUGUUAUAAAAAUGUGCUUGAGCUGUUUACUCUAUUUUUCUUCUAUAGUUAUAUUUUUUCCAAUAAUAUUAUUAGAUGUGUUAAUAUUAAAGUAUAAUAAAUGUAUAUUCGUUUGUAUAAGUUGUUAAA